AUGUGUGGUGUUUCGGCUAUUUUGCUGGGCGACCAGGAAGCCACUUCCGCCGCUAUCGAUUUGCACGAGUCUUUGUAUUACCUCCAACAUCGUGGACAAGAUGCUGCAGGUAUUGCUGUUUGCCAGGGAGGCGGAAGAGUCUCCCAAUGUAAGGGCUUGGGAAUGGCCAGCAAGGUCUUUGCUGAUGGCAAACGCCUCGAGCACCUUCCCGGCUACAUGGGCCUGGGUCACGUCCGCUACCCUACCAUGGGAACCGCUUCUGCCUCUGAGGCUCAGCCUUUCUACGUUAACGCGCCUUUCGGUAUCUCCAUGAGCGUCAACGGCAACCUUGUAAACACCGAAUACCUCCGCAAGUUCCUCGAUGAGGAAGCCCACCGACACGUCAACUCCGACUCCGACUCCGAACUCCUCCUCAACAUCUUCGCCCACGGACUCCAGCAGCUCGGCAAGACUCGCGCCAACUCUGAAGACAUCUUCACUGCCCUCAGCGAUGUCUAUGCUAAGUGCCAGGGUGCUUUCGCCUGCACUGCCAUGAUCGCUGGUUUCGGUAUCCUCGCUUUCCGUGACGCCAACGGUAUUCGUCCUCUUGUCAUUGGUUCUCGACCCUCCGACACUCUCCCCGGCGCCAAGGACUACAUGUUCGCAUCUGAGUCUGUCGUCUUGAAGCAGCUCGGUUUCGACGACAUUAUGGACAUCCUUCCUGGCCAGGCCUGCUUUUUGCAAAAGGGCUGCCCUCCCAAGUUCCGCCAGAUCAUCAACGACAAGCCCUACACCCCCGAUUGCUUCGAAUUCGUCUACGUUGCUCGUCCUGAUUCCACCAUGGACGGUAUCUCUGUCUACCGCAGCCGACAGAACAUGGGAGAGAAGCUCGCCAAGAAGAUUCGUGAUGUGCUCGGAGAGAAGGGUGUUCAAGAGAUUGAUGCUGUUAUCCCCGUGCCUGAGACAAGCAAUAUUGCCGCUGCUACACUUGCUGAGAAGCUUGGCAAGCCUUAUGUCACUGCUCUCAUCAAGAACCGAUAUGUCCAGCGAACAUUCAUUCUCCCCAACCAAGCUCUCCGAAUGAAGAGUGUCCGCAGAAAGCUCUCACCCAUCGACUCUGAGUUCCGCGGAAAGAACUUGAUCCUUGUGGAUGACAGUGUCGUCCGUGGAACUACAUCACGACAAAUUGUCCAGAUGGCAAGGGAAGCUGGUGCUGUUAAGGUUAUCUUCGUCUCAGCCUCUCCCGAGUGCAUACAUCCUCAUAUCUAUGGUAUCGAUCUUGCGGAUCCAGUUGACCUUGUUGCUCACGGUCGAACGAACCAACAGAUCGCCGACUAUAUUGGCGCCGACGAAGUCAUCUUCCAGGACCUUGAUGGCAAGGACGGACUGAAGGCUGCUUGUAUGGAAGCAGCCGAGACCACAAGCAAGGUUGAGGACUUUGAAGUCGGUGUCUUCUGCGGAAAAUAUGUCACAGAAGUUCCCGAAGGGUACUUCGAGCACCUGAGCGAUCUCCGAAACGGAAAGAAGAAGGCGAAGGCUGCUUUGAGAGAAAUCAAGGCGGGUGGUGAUGAGGGUGGAAACAUCGUCGUCAGCUCUGGACCUACAAACGGUGCGCCUGAGUCUGAUGAUCGUGAAGAUAUCAGCAUUCACAAUGUGGCGAGCGAGCAGAACGCAACGUCAUAA